CUCAAUGCGAAUACAUUUAAGUCAGUUUUAGGACACGCAGGUCAGUACUUUCAUUUACAAAAGUGGACACCACAUUACAAAAACAUAUUUACGUCGUUGUGACAGAAGUGAUUAAGAAUGAAGAGCGGAUUUUUUACGAUGGUUCUUGCUGGAUUUUCACUUAGCUGUUUUACUCGGAAAACCAAAGGAAUUCAUCUGUUCGAACGACCCAAUGACUCAAUGUUUGUAUUAGACCUGAAAAGACGAUCACUUGUGACAGCAACAGCAUCAGCAUCCAUACAUAUAGGACUCACCUGCCUGAACGGUGGCACUUUAUUGGGCGCCACGUGCCUGUGUACGAGUCGUUUUGCAGGAAAACGCUGCCAAAUUGAUGCCGACUGUACGUUUGACGCAGGAACUGUUUGCAAUUGGGCAGAUACACACGCAGGAGACACUUUUGAUUGGAUAGUAUAUCAUGAGGAAACGCCUACUGACGACACUGGGCCUGAGAAUGACCAUUCACUUGGGACAGCAAACGGGUCAUAUGCCUUCAUUGAGUCAAGUGCUCCUCGCAUAAAAGACGAAAAGGCUCGGCUCCAAAGUCCAGUGUUCAAUCCUCCAGGACCUGAAGGUCUUUGCCUGCACUUCUGGUACAACAUGAAUGGCGAGACCAUCGGUCAGUUGAAUGUGUACAAAGGAAACGGAAGUACGGCGGAGCUGGUUUGGGCACUGUCAGGGAACCAAGGGACCCAAUGGAAAGAAGGAAUGGUGACUCUGGUGUCACUGGAGAAAUUCGUUGUAACUAUUGAAGCCACGGUCGGGGACGGUUACCUUGGUGACAUUGCUCUUGAUGACGUCAGCUUCGCGAGCGGCACGUGCCCUCAAACUCCGCACCAGGCAACGUCACCGUCAGGGAUCCUAAUGGGGCGUUGAAUUUGUACAUUUUGAUUGAUGUAAAUGCACGUGUAAUGCGA